AUGCUCUCCGUGCCAACUACCAAGCUGCAAUCUGGAGGAGAUGUCUACAGAGCCAGCCCUUUGUACCAACCCCUAAUGGCUUUGGCUGGACACAAUGAGGAUGGGACGCUGGACAUACAGUGGAUGCGUGGGGCUCCGGCACCUGAUGUUGUAUUGCACAUGCUCUCCUCCUCAGAGAAGAAGAAGUCGUCUGAGAAAGAGAGUCACUCACGAGAGAGAAAGUGUCAGGGUAUUUAUGUUCGGUUCAAAGUCUUUCAUGAAAACAGAGAUCCUUCGUCAGGUUUCAGAGACAUUUUGGCCCGACAGAGAAGUCUGUGUAUAAAGACACCCUCGACUUUGAAGUCUCGAGAGCAAACUAGAAUUCAUACUACCAUCCCCCACCCCACCCACGCCCCUUCCCUGUCACAUCCCACACUCCUUACCUUGCCCUCACCCAACACCUCACACCUCAUCCUACACUAUAUACCUUACCCAACCCCACACUUUUGCAUAUCACCUUAUCCGACCCAAAACCCCCACACCACCCUCCCACCACCGCACACGCCCACCCCACAUCAACCCCACACCGCCCACCCCACCCACACUCCCACAUCCCACUGCCAAUCCGCCCCACACCCCAAGCACCACUCCCCCCCCCCCCCCACUACACUCCUUCACAUGACCCACUAUCCCUAUCCCACACCCCCACGAGAAGGGCGCACCCCACGUCCACGCCACACCCCAACACCCCACCCACCCCCUACCCCCACCCACCCACGCCCCUUCCCUGUCACAUCCACACUCCAUACCUUGCCCUCACCCAACACCUCACACCUCAUCCAUGCACUAUAUACCUUACCCAACCCCACACAUUCCAUAUCACCUUAUCUGACACCCCACACCACCCCUCCACCACCGCACACCCACCCCACAUCCCCGCACUCCAGCCCACCCCACCCAACACUCCCACAUCCCAUUCCCAACCCCACACACCCAAAGCACCCACUCCUUAUCACCCCCACACACCCAACCCCACACUCCCUCUCAUCCACCACACACCAUCCCCAUCCCACAUCACUCCACACCCAACCCCAACCCCACCCCAACCCCAACCCCAACCCCAACCCGACACCCGACCCCGGGAUUGCAACGUGA